ACAAGAGCGAGUAGAGAAACUGUGAAAAGGGGAACUUGUGAAAGAUGGCUGUCAACCAGUUUACAGACAUAAAUGGAAAAACAAUUACUCUUGAUUCACAGUCACAUACGGACUUCUGCCGAGAAUUCACUAUUAGCAACCCGAAGUUGUCCCUGCGCAGUAUUUUGAUGUAUACCUGCACUGUAUGGUUAUUUGCGUAUGCUGUAUUCUUCAUAACCGACAACACCGUUGUCCUCUCGAGUGCCAUCAUUGUGACACUGGUCAGCAUGAUGAUCUGCAUUCACUUUGUGAAGGUGGACCAUGAAACAUUACUGAUUAUUAGAUCCCUGGGUGUGCAGGUGUCAUCAUCCUUUGCCUCAGGGAGAGAAUGUACAUCUUUCAUCGAAAUGAGCAAAAUAAAAGAUAUUGUUAUCAAUGAGGCUGUUCAUAUGCACCGAGUCAUAUACUACCUCUGCAUUCUUGUGAAGGACCCUUCAGAUCCUGAAAUGGUAUCCAGUGUAGUUCCUCUUUUUCAGAGUUCCAAGCCAAGGUUGAAUUGCUUAGUACAAGUAUAUAAAGCCUGUCAGGAGGUACUGUUACAAAACUCAUGACAAGAUUCCUUCCAAUCCCCAUUCUGAUGCCAUAAUGCUGUAACAAGUGUAACGUUCGUAUUUAUAUUUCACAGCAGUUGCCACUAUGCACCUGUGUUUUAUAUGAAGUGAUGAUUAAAGUAAAAUGUAUCCAACCUCUCA